AUGCAAACCAUUUCUCUCAGUUUCCGAACGCUACUAUGCACGAUUUUCACGGCCGUCCUGUCUAUCGCCGCCAGCUCGGAGGACACAAAGUGGCUGCCUGGAAUCCAAAUUUCCGGCGGGCCAGCGGCGCAGAGAAACCAACAACCAUCUAGGGUUAAGCGAUGGAUCCAGGGAAAGAAUGCCCUUACUCCGAAGCAAGCGCCACCUUCGCCACCUCCUCCUGCUCCUGCACCUGCUUCGGAAGCUGCGGAUACCGCAACCUUGGACGCUGCUGGCCCUUCCGCGGCCGAUACCGCAGCAAGCGACACAGCCGAAGCUCCAGCUCCAGCUCCCGGUUUCGACGCACCGGUCAUCAAUGUCCCCGUUCAGGCGUCAAUG